AUGAUGAUAUAUUUGAAGCACACAGAAGGCUUAUCACUCAAGCGAUCUACCGAAACAAUCAGGUCAUUUUUGAAACAUCUAAGUGAAGAAAGCAACAAAGGCAAACAUCAAGGAUCUAUUCCUGGUCACAUAGUGAUCAAUCGUAAUAGAGAAACUGCUGAUCGUAAUCUAUUCAAUGAUUACUUUGCCGAAAAUCCUACAUAUAAUGCUGCAAUGUUUCGAAGAAGAUUCCGGAUGGGAAGAAAUUUAUUUAUGCGUAUUUUUAACGAGGUUAGUAAUCAUGAUAAUUAUUUUGUGCAGAAAAGAGACGGAGUUGGAAAACUUGGUUUGUCAGGUUUACAAAAAAUGACAGCUGCAUUUCGAAUAUUAGCAUAUGGUGUACCGGCAGACGCUACUGAUGAGUACAUCAAAAUAGGAGAAUCAACUGUCAUAGAAAGUGUGAAAAGAUUUUGUCGUGCUGUUGUUGAAGUAUUUGGAGGACAAUACCUGCGAUCACCCAAUGCUAAUGAUGUUGCUAGACUUCUUCAUAUUAGUGAGCAGCGUGGUUUUCCUGGUAUUGCUCCCCCUGCUCGUUAUGUCAUUCAAGGAAAAGAGUACAACAUGGGUUACUAUUUAGCUGAUGGUAUAUACCCAAAAUGGUCUACACUUGUUCAAACAAUUCAAGAUCCACGCGGUACAAAGAAUAAGUUGUUUGCAAUAAAACAAGAGGCAUGUAGAAAAGAUGUUGAGCGAGCAUUUGGAGUGCUUCAAUCACGCUUUGCAAUUGUUGUAGGACCUUCACAUUUUUGGCAGAAAAAUAUUUUGCAUGAUAUAAUGACUUCAUGUAUUAUUAUGCAUAAUAUGAUAAUUGAAGAUGAGCGCGAUAUGAAUACCUCAAUUGUUGAUCAAGGUGAAGUCUCGUCGGCUGCAGCUGUUGAUACAGCAGUAGAUGACAAUAUCCGAUUUCAAGAGUUUCUUGCUAGAUAUGAAGGAAUCAAAAAUAAAAAUGCUCACUUUGUCUUUAGAAAUGCAUUAAUUGAGCAUUUGUGGGAACAAUUUGGUAAUUCUGAUAAUUAA